GGUCAUCCAAUGGUGACGGAGAGUCUGUUUGUCUCAAUCAUAGAUCACAACUAGUGAUACUCUGGGACAUCAUUUCAGAACUGAUAGGGAUUGUCAAUCUGUAAAAGUCCAACUCACAGACCUCGGUUAGGUGAACAGCACGUUCACCAUAGAUCUAGACAAACCAUCACCAUGGCCUAUAAACAAGCGUUCACGAAAAGGGUAUAUGACAAGUUACGUGAACAACUUUGGAAGGCGUUAAGACAGAAUAAAGACUGUGACGUCAUAAUCAAGGUAGACGCCGAUGUGUUUCAUUGCCACAAGGUCAUCCUGGCAAUGACGUCACCUUAUUUUGAUGCCAAGUUUGCCUCGGGUUUCAAGGGCACCGACGAGAAGGUCAUGGAAAUACAGUGCAUGAGCCCGGAAACCUUCAGGAAUGUGUUGGAGCACAUAUACCGUAAUAACGCAGCCUUGAAAGCAUCCAAUGUGCUUGAUGUGUUGCAAGCAAGUUCCAUGUUUCAAAUAGAAUCCCUUACUAAGCGCUGUGAAAAGUUUCUUAUAGAUAUGUAUAGGAUGAGUCAAUCGUGGGUGAAACAGUGGCGCGCUGCACGGAAGUAUAACCUAGAGAUAUUGCUCGAAAUGACAAAUAGUUUCAUGUUUACAAACUUCAAGACAAUAUCAGAAACGGCUCUGUUUACAAGUCUGACCGCGGUCGAGCUGUGUGAGAUUGUUGCCAGUGAUGAGCUGAGAGUGACUCAUGAGGCAGAUGUUUUGAAGGCUGUUCUCCUGUGGACAAAAUCUCAAGAACGUUUCUCAGAUACAGAUCUAACCCAAUUGCUCUCUCACGUAUCAAUUAACCAGAUUUCUGAUGCUACAUUCAAAUCCACAAUAUUCCCUUUACUCCAAACUCUCAGAGAGAAGGCACGCGAUAUUGUGGAAGAUGUAAAGAAAGAACAGCAUGUGUUGAGAAAACUGGUUGUGAGACACAACGACAAGCCUCGGAAUAUCCUAUUUGGAUAUUUGGAAAUCCAUGGCAAAAAAGCACUAAAGAUGUACUCUUUGGAGGAUCACAAGACGUACGAUGUCCCAGCACUUCCAGGUAUACACAAUGUCACUGGAAUACCAAGAGCCUUCGCGUUCAAAGGUGAUCUGAUGUUCACCAGCCUUAGCAGUGUCUAUAGGCUCAAUGAACAGACAUGGUCGUGGGAUAAUAUGAGCCUACCGCCAAUUCAUGUCAUCCAGAUACUGAGUGUGCAGCAUAAGCUGUAUGUGUUUGGUGUAUCCGAUGAUGGUGUGCAGCUACUAAGGUAUAAAGGAGAUGAGGAGGUUGCGUGGGAGCUGGUUGGUGCCAUUGAAGGAGAAAUGGCAAACUGUUCGGCAGCUGCUGUGGGGGACACGAUCUAUUUAGUUGGAGAAGAUCUCACCGCUCACUCCCCAUCACAGGUUAGGGAAAAGGUUUUCAUCCUUAAUGCAUUUGGAGCUGAUGCAGUUUCAUGUCUGGGAAGAUUUCAGCCUCCACUAUCCCAGGGAAAGUUUUCUGUAUCCAUAGCUUCCAAGGACGACAAGAUGUAUUAUUUGACGACAGAAUCAGAAUUCGGAGUGAUUAAUGAUGCCAAUUCCCCAAAGGGUAUUACACGAUUUCAUCAGCUUGACGGUGCCAGUGGCUGCUCUCUUAGUGGGAAGGGAAACGAGUUAAUGAUUCUGAAGACAGUUGAAUCUAAAACCCACAUUUACACCGUGGAUUUGGAGGAGAUGGCUCUCCAUCUAUUUGAAGACGUUCCUGCACUAUAUGAUGGUCGUCUUGGUGUCAUCAAAACCUCAAUCAUCGACAAAUCCUCUGAAGUUGAGAAAAGGGUACAAAGGUCAAAGGAGACAUCUAGACACCCCUAUUCAGAUUUGGAAUUGGACAAACGUUCACACUCUGAUCUCACUGUGAUCGUUGGCGAUGCAUCAUUCCCGUGUCACAAGAUCAUUGUCAAGUUUAUGUCACCAUAUAUGGAGAAACAUUUGUCAGCUGGGGAUGGUGAAAUGACGUUGGAGAAUGUAGAUGACAAUGCCUUCAGAGAUAUCCUCAACUUUAUGUACACUGGUGUUCUACCGCCGCUGUGUGAAGACAACAUCGCUGCCGCCCUACAAGCAGCAACCGUGCUGCAAAUGGACGAUCUUCAGACAGAUAUUGAAAUGAAAAUCAAGGUCAUCAGCAAGGACAAGUCGCCGAAUAUCAAAACUUUCAAGGACUAUCUGUAGUUAGGUUUGCCACAAGAGGCCGUGCUUAUGAACGUCCCCAGAACAACUAGUUAUGAAGCCUAUUUACACUUAAGGUUACUCUCAGAGUGACCCAAUGCUGUAUCCCCCUGGUCUAACGUUUGAAAGUAGUUCUGAACAAAAGAACUCAUAUAAUCAAGAUAUUAUUCAAAUCUGUUUCUUGUAGUGGAGGACCAUUUGAUAUUUAGCUGGGGUCGGGUUUUUUGGGUAGAAUCAUGUUUUUUUCGUCAUUGAGAUAUUUCUUUUCUUCUUAAAAUUGAGCUGAGAUUUGUUUUUUACAACACAUUUCAAAUUCAACCUGGGGAAAGAAUAUUAAACUUUAUUUCUCACUCUUCACUAAAACAUAAUAACUGUAUAGAUGAAGGUGAUUUUAAAACAGAACAAUGGAAUAGCAGUAUAACAAAGCAUUUUCAUGUAAUAAAAGACCAUUUUUACAACAAAUUGACAGAAAAUUGGUCAACUUGACAUGUUUGUACUCACAACAACUGGAGGAAUGUACUAUUCAAUCGUGGAUGAUUGAAAUAAAUAGCAUCUCGAUGUAAACUGACAAACGAAAGAUACGAUACCAGAAUCAAUUAGCCUGCAACAAUACCCAGAUCAGUGGAACUUGAGUUUGAAGUGAAACAUUUGAUGACUUGCAGAAUGCCAACCUACAAAGUUAUGGGUAAAAAAGAAAUGAUGUACUGUUCGUUUACAUCUAAACCGUUGGACAGAGACAAAUAACAUGCUAAGAUCAAUUGUACAAUUAAAAGAGCAAGCCAUUGGUAUGAUACAUCAAAAAGCAAAGCAUGACAACGUUUCAAGGGCGUCCAUGUUGUGCCCUCGGUUGGUACUUUACGGUCCAGGGUGAACGACGGAAGACAAAACUCAGGGGUGAAGUUUAAGGAGACAGUAUCCAUGUUUAUUGUUGAUUGGGAAUAACGUCCGAAAAGGUACAUAUUGAUAGUAAUCACAUGACUGAACACACACCGGGACCAGGUGGCCGGUGUUCCCGGUUCACAGACCCGCUAUGCCCCUUACACAGGUAGGAAGUCAGACAGCGAUUCUUCAUGGUCGAUGGAGUCAUUGCUGAGGCGGUGGCCUUGCCUGACACCACGACUAACUGUACAAUCCGUCCGCUUCUGUCGGUCUCAAAAAUGCACAUUUCAGGAAACCAUUUCGGAGGCACUAAAAGAAAAGGAUUGGCGUUACAUUCUAAUAUGUGUAGAUGACAUCAUAACAUUUUGUGUAAAGAAAACAUUUCACCCUCGAUAUCCAGCCUAGGCUUAUUUUGAAAGCUUGACCACUGUUACUGCCAGGUGAAUAUUAUAAGCACUGACUUUUACUGUAACCAUUAACCUUUUACUGAUAUUUUAAACUGCCAUUAUAUUAUGUACUGCCAUUGUAAAUGAUGAAUAGUAAUUGUUUUGAUUUGUAAACCUAGUUAAUAUUAUAAUACAAUUGUUAAUUGUAUACCAUUUGUUGGGUGUUUGUUGGCUUCAUAAUAUGGAUACUGAGGUAUAUCAUACUACUACAUUUACAUGGUAUGUGUAAUGACAUAAUAAGAGGGGGUGAAUAAAAAACAAUAUCCCUAUCAAAAGUUGAGUAGUAUAUAAGUAGUUUCACUAGUUCCAAGAAAGAAACGUUAUACAUUUCACCUUGCUUCAGAGAUUCACCUCAUUUACAUGGCCUGUAGUGUUGGGUAUGUGCAUAUGUUGACACACCUCACACACCCAAACACGUGACUGGUGACAUUGUGUAAUUCUUGAUAUAUGGAUUUAGUAAAAGGACUUUCGUGUCACUGAACUUUCGGGACCAUCACUUGAUUGUCUGGUAUGUUUGUAGGACGCCGUCGCAUGGCAGGAGUACUCCUGUGCGGCGUUAAGCAAGACACUUACAAUUUAAUGCAUAGUGUACGCUGGGCGGGUGCCACC